AUGCACUUAUCCCCUCGAACGGCGAUCCUUGUCUGGGGCAGCAUGCCUUUACAACAAUACUAAGAAUUGCUUGGAGAGGAACCAAAUGGAGCCCGCCUUUGUUUGAUCAUUUCAUCUCCUGCAGAAUCGUGUUUCCAGCAUCUUCUUCAUCACAACGAAGUCAGAGUGAAGAACAUUUGUUGAGACCAUCAACAUGACGACAUACCGAGAUGAUGCAGAGGACACGCUCGAUGAACUCCUGAGAGACGGCGCUCGUAUCGAGGAGCUUCCCUCAGACGACCAAGAUGAGAACUUCGAAGACGUCGACGAGAGUAGCGACGAAGCACAGGACGACUUCUCCGGCAUACCUUUUCCCGGAAAACAUCUUCAAGCAAAACCAACACAACUACCCCUGUGGCUCCAACCGGCCAUCUUCAACCUCUUCCGCGACGAGGAGCUGAUCACAACGACCACCGAGCAACAGCUCAAGACAACGAGGGAGUGUCUUCCGUUACUUCUGGGAGAAGAAUCUCUCGAACUACCUCUCAACAGCCACAAAAUUCCACAUCUCAAUCGCGAGAAGCAUGCUUCCUUCCUGAGAGCUAAUGUCGGAUCUUUACCGUCUGGCUACGUCCUCAUGGACGCCAGCCGACCAUGGCUUUUCUACUGGGUCAUGGCGGGCCUCACCUUCCUCGACGAGGACGUCACAGAGUACAAACAACGCUUGAUCGAAACGCUACGACCACUGCAGAACCCGACUGGAGGUUUCGGCGGAGGGCAUGGACAGUAUAGCCAUUGCGCGGGCACAUACGCCUGUCUCCUCGCGCUCGCUGCAGUGGACGGUCUAGAAAUGGUCGAUCGUAAAGCAAUGUGGCACUUUCUCGGCUCGGUCAAGCAAGACGAUGGUGGUUUCCGCAUGGCGAUCGGCGCCGAGGAAGACAUUCGAGGCGCGUACUGCGCCAUGACAGCAAUCACACUUCUUAACCUUCCUCUUGAGCUCCCACCAGAUGCACCGGCUCGGAAAGCUGGACUGACGUCCUUCACGGAUAGAUUGGGAGAGUGGGUGGGCAAAUGCCAGACUUACGAGGGUGGAAUCGCGGGUGCACCGAAUAACGAAGCCCACGGAGCUAUACCGAAGUACCUCAAUACUACCACUCUGCUUUCGUGGUUGACGGGCAUCCAGACCAGUCCCGAAGGAGGAUUCGCAGGCCGAGCGAACAAGCUGGUCGAUGCGUGCUACAGUCACUGGGUCGGUGGAUGCUGGGCGCUCAUACAAGCUGCGCUGGCCGGGCCAAAGCACGAGGGUAGAACGACAGAUCUGUGGAGUCGCGAGGGGCUGAUCCGAUACUUGCUCUGCUGCGGCCAGCAGGAAGGUAAAAGGGGAGGCAUGCGCGAUAAGCCAUCGACGAGGCCGGAUGCGUAUCAUACCUGUUACUCGCUCGCUGGAUUGAGCGCUGCUCAGAACCACUUCUUCUACGAUGUGAAGGGCGAGACCCAGGAUGAAGUGACCGGGCGGUUGGUGUCUGCAUUCCAGUGGACUGCAAAACCGGCUACCGCGGAAGAGAGGAAGGCUUGGGCUUUUGAUGAGGUUGAUGCUGUGCGGCCUGUUCAUCCGGUAUUUGUCCUGCCGAUGGAAGUUGUGGAGAGGACGAGAAGUCAAUUCGAGAAGGGAGGAUUUUGA